AUGGAUCUCUCGCGCCGCGAUGACGUUGGUGCCGAUCGAGGUCGGUGCCGACGCGAAGUGGCACAACCGCUUGGGGAGUCUCCUGAGCGCGUCCCACAAGUAUGCAGAAGCGAUUCGUCACUUCGAGCAAGCUCUUGACCACGCCCCACGCUACGCGGCCGCCCACUUCAACCUGGCCAGUGCGAUCGUGUUCGCCAAAGGAGCGUCCGUGGGUCGCCCUCUCGACGUGGCAAUCGACCACUUUCGUCAAGCCAUUGCCAUUCAACCGCACUUUCCCGAUGCACACGUGAACCUCGCUGCACAACUCUACGCCCAUGGCAACUUGCACGACGCAUUGCGCCAUGCCACGACGGCACUCCAUCAAGACCCCGACAACACGCACGCGUACUACAAUCUGAACACGAUAUACCGCGCAUUGGGGCAACAAGAUCGCGCGGUGGACCUGUGCUGGCAUCGAAUUCUUUCGUCGUUGCCCGUUGGGACGUCCAGGCCAUCGCUACGCCGUCCACAAGAUUCCCAGCCCGAGGAAUCGUAUCGAUCGUCCAUGACGCAUUUAACUGUAGUUUGCGUCAAGUGGGGCGUCAAGUACGGCGCCGAGUACGUGAACAAGCUGCACCGCGGCGUCGCGAGGCACUUGAAAAGUGUUCGGUAUACGUUUUGCUGCCUCACAGACAAUGCCGUCGGCCUCGCGCCAGAGAUUGACGUGCGGCUGUUGGCGCCAGGAUGGGUCGGCUGGUGGAACAAGGCGCAAGUGUUUUCGCCCGCGUUUGGAUGGACUGGUCGCAUGUUGUAUUUGGACCUGGACUCCGUGCUCGUGGGCUCCCUCGACGACUUGGCCCUGGUGUGACCACGAGCCCUCUCGUUCCCCCUUCCUAACGUGUCUCGUCGAUGCAGUACUCGGGGUGGUUUGGAACGCUCAAGACCGACGACAUGGAGAACGAGCGCCGCAUCGGCGGCAUCAACAGCAGCGUUAUGGCAUGGCACGCCGACACGGCAACUCAAACCAUUUACGCGUUUCUGUCGGCGCAUUUCGCCGCCGUCGCGACUUGCAUCUACAAAUUUGACCACUGGCUCGAGAUGGUGCUGGACGGCUACGAGAUUCUCCAGGACGUGUACCCAGGCCAGAUCGUCGAGUACGCACAAGCUUGUCAAGCGCAGGUGCCGCCUCAUGCGCGCCUCGUGUGUUUUCCCCUCGAGCCAAAGCCCCACAACGCCACGGCGCCAUGGGUGGCCACCGAGUGGACAUGAUUUUUAACUCGAUUUACUUCAGUCGGUUCACAACGAGCUGGAAGAGGUGGUGCAGCGCUUCGGCAACGUUCGCUCCAGUCUGCGCGGACGUCUCAAAGUACUCGUACCCUUUGGCCGCGGCCCAUGCCGCCCCUUCGUCUUCCUUGACUAGGCGCAGUUUGUCGACUUUGUUCGCGCAAACCACGCACGGAAACUUGCCGCCGCCGUACUUGGCAGCUUCUUUGAGCCAUCCGUCCAGCGCUUCAAAGCUGCGCCGCGACGACACGUCAAACAUUAAGAUCGCGCCCUGCAUGCAAGCACACACGUGAGAUCGACAAGACCCGAUGCCGCGACCUGGGUGUCCUUGUAGAACUCGUUGCGGACUUCGAGAAAUUCGGGUUGGCCAGACAGGUCCCAAAAGUUGACGCGGACUUCCGACCCGUUGACCUUGACGGGUUUGACACCGUAGUCGAUGCCGAUCGUCGAGAUGUACUUGCUGACAAACUUUUCUACGCGUGGGGUUGGAACCAGUUCCGGGACAU